GUUACACGAGGAAAACCUGCGCCAGACGUCUUCCUUACGGCUGCACGCCGUUUCGACCCUAAGCCUGCUUCAGCUUCUAACGUGUUGGUUUUUGAAGACUCUCUUAAUGGCGUGAUGGCAGCGCUUUCGGCCGGCAUGCACGUUGUCUGGAUUCCAGAUCCACGAGAGCCACCUGGGAAUCCUGACAUCGAUCUUCUUCCUGAUCAGUGGCCCACUGGAGUGAAGCGCCUCUCCUCAAUGACUGAGUUCCGACCCGAGGAGUACGAGUUACCUCCCUUCAGAGAGUGA